UUGCCAUAGCAAAUAACACAACCCUUCUUCCUACAAAGUUGUCAUCAGAUACGAAAAACUCCUGCGUGACCAAAUGAGAAGUUAACUUCAAAUUACUCAAUAAUUAUUACUUUGUUUAUCUUUUAGAACUUUUACAAGUUUGUUAGAGAUGACGAAUGUCCAAGCAAGUGAAUUCAGAAACGAUUUGUUGGAAACAGCUUCUACGUGUAACACGCCUCCAGUUAGACCAAGGAGCCUGUACACGUACACUGAUGACCCUGUGUACUGCUACCAGAGAUACGGAGGGGAGCUCAAGAACUUCGAGUCAGCUGCUAGCAUAGAAACGUUGGUCCCGCACCAUAUUAGCUCCAACUCUGCCUUCUCAUCGGGGUCUCUUUGGCGACCACCCUCUCGCUUCGCUCUCCGCUCCCACCCCUCCCUCUCCUUCAUCCCUAGUGACGACAUGUUCUCUUAUGUGGACCCUAAUUGGCGAGAUUCAGACACUGUAGAUAAUGCGUACAACGGGGCAGUGAUCGCUACCCAGCACGGCACGAUGUCCAUCAAACUACACAGCAGGAUGAGGGUGGACAUGACCAUAGACAGAGCCAUCCGGAUCACCAACCUGAAGAGCAAUAUUGUCAUGUCGUUGAGUGCUUCUGGGGCAUCAUCAGCUCUGCUUCACCCCAACGGACGCAUCUACCAGUACGGUAGUCGAGUCGAGAUCCAGGCACACGAUGUCCAUGGGAAUAACAAAUACGCAAAGAUGUGGUACAAGGGCGUAAGUUUCACGUCGGAGAAUUGUGCUCUGGUGUACCUAGUGGACUCUGCCGGGACACGCACCACCACGGACUCCUUCUCAGACAUGUCCCAGGACUUCUCUUUGGCCGUGUUCUACAACGAGUCCCGUCAUGGCGUCGGCUACCAGCAAGAAGCGAUGCACCUUCUCCAAAACGCUCAGUACUUUGUGGACGACAAAAAAGUUCAAAAUUGGAUCAUAAAUAACGUUAGGAUAUCUCAAACCCCAGACGGAUUACUUAGGAUUGCCCGCAACAGCAACAAAUAUCAGCUCCGCACUUCACCGAGCAAUGGAUCCGCCACGAUCACGACACCGUUUGUACACACAACAGCUUCCCUUGGUCAGACGUCGCACCUGUUUGUACGCAGGGGAGAGCGCAGGAUGCAUUACGACGGCUCCAGCUUCAUCGUGCGGAACGCUGGCCACUCUGCCGGGUUCGACGACAAGAACAUGCUCAAGGUGUACUGAGUCCAGUUGGGCGCUUAUAGUGGAAUUGCCUGUGUGUUGAACACUAUGAGAGGCUGUGAAUGUUUUAACUUUUGGUAUUUUUAAAUCCGUUAAAAUUGGUUGUGACCUGCUUUACCGGUUUAGAAGUUUGCUUUAUUAUGCAGGAGUUUUCCAAAAUUAACACAGACAUUUUGAUUAUUUACGAAUAAAAUUAGUUUUCCCACUUUUAUUUAUACUUUUGAAUAAAAUACCAGAUUAUUUAUUAUUGUUAUGUUUUGUUUCUUAGCAAUGUUUUAAAUGUCACAACGCAUUUAUUUAGAACAAAGUUCUCAAUUAUAUUCGUGUAAAUUAAUUUGUUCGAUUGAUUUAAACUUUGAAUCUUGUAUUGUAUGUUAAAUUGUUAAAUAUUUUUGUUUAUUUGUUUGGAUUUAUUUUUACGCUUUUGAGUUCUGGAUUUACCCAAAAUUGCACGAAAUAAUGUUAUGAAAUAUCAGACAUGUAAUAUUGGGCUUAUUGAUCUGUUAUGAAAUUUAUUUGUGACAAAAAAUAAAAUUGUAAAUACUGUUGUAA